AUGCGUCAAUUUCGACCAACUUGGUUUAAGAGAAGAUCUCAAUGGUUGGAAUAUAGCAUUAAAGCAGACGCGGCAUUUUGUUUGUGUUGUUAUUUGUUCAAGAAUGAACUUGAAAGUCGUGGAAAUGCCGGAGAUUCAUUUACAAGAGAUGGUUUUAGGUGUUGGAACAAAGCUUUAGAAAGAUUCAAAAAACAUGUUGGUAAGGUAAAUAGUAUCCAUCAUAAAUGUUUCAAUAGGAUGCAAGAUUUGAAAAACCAACGCCAAUCGAUCCAAUCUUCUUUUGACAAGCAAAGUGAAAAGGCAAGAAGUGAUUAUCGGAUGCGUUUAAAUGCCUCAAUUGAUGUAGCAAGAUUUCUCUUGACAUCGGGAUUUCCAUUAAAUGGGCAUGAUGAAAGUGAAGGUUCCGAAUAUAAGGGUGCUUUUCUUGAACUUUUGAAAUGGUAUGGGGAUAGAAGUUUUGAUGUGGGAAGAGUAAUAUUAGGUAAUGCUCCACAAAAUGAUAUGAUGAUUUGUCCGACAAUUCAAAAAGAUAUUGUGGAGGCUUGUGCUAAAGAAACAACUAAGGCUAUCAUUGAAGACUUGGACGGUGAUUAUUUUGGAAUAUUAGUUGAUGAAUCAAAGGAUGUUUCUCAUAAGGAGCAAAUGGCUCUAAUUUUGAGAUAUGUCAACAAAAGUGGAAUGGUGAUAGAGCGAUUCUUGGGUAUUGUCCACGUAAAUGAUACAUCUUCUCAAUCAUUAAAAAAGGCAAUUUAUUCUUUGCUUUUGGAUCACUCAUUAUGUACAUCCAAAAUACGUGAUCAAGGUUAUGAUGGGGCUAGUAAUAUGCAAGGGGAAAUAAAUGGUCUCAAGUCUUUGAUUUUACAAGAUACGUCGUCUGCAUAUUCUAUUCACUGUUUUGCUCACCAAUUGCAAUUGGCACUUGUAGAGAUUCACUUCGACAACAUCAAGAAGAUAAGUUGGAAGAGUUGCUUAAAUUUGGAGAAGUUCAUACAGGGCAAGGAUAUGAAACGUGAUUGUCCAUAUCAUCUUGAUAGAUUUGCGGCGAAAAAUCUUUUGAGCAAGAUUCAUGAAUUUGAAUUUGUCUUUAUGUUGCACUUGAUGUUUAAGGUGUUGCUAUUGACGAAUGAGUUGAAUAAAGUUUUACAAAAGAAAGAUCAAGAUAUCAUUAAUGCUAUGGGAUUGCUUGACCUUUCAAAGAAACGAUUGCAAAUGAUGAGAGAGGAUGAAUGGGACUCUAUGAUGGAUGAGGUUAGCUUAUUUUGUGGUAAACAUGGAAUUUCAAUUCCCAAAAUGAAUGAAGACUACUCUAAUGGGAAGUCGAAGCGUAAGAGGUCCAAUAUUUCAUAUUUGCAUCACUUUCGUGUGGAAGUAUUUUAUGCCGUCAUUGAUUUGGCACUUCAAGAACUCAAUAAUCGUUUUGAUGUGGUGACUAGUGACUUGCUUCUCGGUAUGGCUAGUUUGAGUCCGGUUGAUUCAUUUGCUAAUUUUCACAAGGAUAGGAUAAUAAAACUAGCCGAGUACUACCCAAGUGAGUUUGGUGAUAAAGAGCUUCGGGAACUCAAUUUUCAACUUGAUGAUUUUAUUGUCUAUGCUCAAAAGUGUGAUAGAAAGUUUCUCAACUUGAAGGGAAUCAAGGAUCUUGCAAAAGUGAUGAUAGAGACAAAACUAGAUCAAACUUGGUCACUUGUGUAUCUACUUGUGAAGUUAACUUUGAUUAUUCCUGUUGCUACCGCAAGCGUGGAAAGAACAUUCUCAUCAAUGAAGUACAUAAAGAAUGAUUUGCGUAAUAGGAUGGAUGAAGAUCUUUUGAAUGGUUGUUUAGUUUGCUAUAUAGAGCGUAGUAUAUUUUAA